AUGAACGGAUACUCGGGCACGUUGGCCCCGCCAGGGGGCCUGUACGUACGCGCCCUGUACGACUACGAUGCCGACGACCGCACUAGCUUGAGCUUCCGUCAGGGGGAUAUAAUACAGGUCAUCACGCAACUCGAGAGUGGUUGGUGGGACGGCGUUAUCAACGGGGUUCGAGGCUGGUUCCCCAGCAACUACUGCGCCGUUGUCUCACCGCCCAAGGACGAAACCCACGAUGCUGAGAGCAGUGCCGACGAAGGAGAUGCUGGUACUUUGGACGGGUCGCAGGACUUGGGCAGCUACUCGGAGGCUUCAGAUACCGACGAUGAUGGUGGGCAGACACAGCUGCCGUUGGAGGGCACGGACACGGAUAAGGAGGAGGAGGCUGCAUUCUGGAUUCCUCAGGCCACGCCCGAUGGGAGGCUGUUCUACUUCAACACACUCACUGGCGUAAGCACCAUGGAACUUCCGCUUGAAACGCCCUCAUCGUUGUCGGAAAAUGGUCCAAGAGACCGCACCAACGUCAACAUGCCCGAGAGCAGUCGACCACCCCCCGAGCUUAUGGCGGGCGGCUGGCAUAUGUACAAUGGCGACACAGACGACGAGAACUCUGCGUCGGAUGUGGAGGGACCCUCCGGCAUGGGUGGAUCCCACAGCUCUCUGCAGAGACGACGGUCCUUGGCUUCCAACGGAAUUUCUCCCGCCACAUCUAUGGACUCCAUGAGCAAUGCCUCCGGAUUGACGCGUUCUCGAUCCGACCUUCACGAACACGCGAAUAACACAGCCUUCUCGGGACUUGGCCCGCCUUUAGGCUCCACCAUGUCUUCGUACGCGAAUAACUCAAUUGGAGCGCCUCUCACGUCCGCCGUUUCCCGACAAUUCUUUGACGACGCUCAGGCUGUUCCUCUGACAUGGAAUCGAAUGGUCGAAGACAUGCGCAGGUCCGUGGAACGGUAUCGACAAGCCAUCAACAAUGGUGAUCGUUCAGAGUUUGUGAAGAGAGCGGAGGACAUCUCGGACCACCUGCGAUUGCUGCUCGCUGCAGGCUCGGGAACUACAGAUAACCACUCCGGCAAUCCGUCAAUCAUCUCCACUAACAAGGCGCUCUAUCCCCAUUUCCGGGAAACCAUGUCCAGGUUCUCCAAGCUUGUGCUCUCCUCGCAUAUUGCAGCGGCCGAUUGGCCUCCAGCGGACUCUUACUCCAAGUGUUUGAAAGAAGCAGACGGCGUACUGAAUGGAGUUUACGGGUUUGUUGAAGUAGCCCGCCAACAGCGCGGUGAAGACAUUCCCCGUUUGAUCCCUGGUUUCGUCGUGAAUAGCUACAACGGAGGAAACUGGCAGAAUAAUGGUCUCAGCAACAGCGACCCGAUGAACCCAAUGUCUUUCAUCGACCAGGACGACUUCGACGAACCGAGCACGCGACUGGACGACAAACUUGUCGAAAGGCUAGAGGACCUCAAGAGACUCAUCGUCGCGAGUAUCAGAAAGCUGGAAGAACGUUUGGUCGUCGAAGAAAAGAUCAUCACCGAAGCUGUUCACCAAAAAGCGGGAGAGCGCGUCUGCAAAGCCGCAACAAAGGUCCUCGAGAUUUACCGUCCCUGGAUUGCGACAGUUGAGUCGAUCAAUCUUGCGCCAAUUGGCUCGACAUUCCAAAACCCUCAGAUUGCAGACUUCAGCGUGGCAAAGCAAAAGGUUUACGACAUGAUCUCGGAGCUCAUUAUCACUUGUCAAGCAGUAUCUGCACCCCUAGGUGAUGAAUGGGCAGACAACCGUGGAGAUUCGUUGGAGGAACGCUUGAACCGAGUCCGCACUGUUUCGCGGGAUCUUGAGUCAAACACUUCGAAGCUGUACUUUGCUCUCCAGCUGCUCUCCGAUCUCAUGCCCAUUGAGGACAGCCCGUCCUCCAUCGAUAGCAAGCGCCACACUGACAUGGAUCUGUACAACACUUACCAGCGAAAGCCGUCGACCCAGUUCAACAGGUCCCCUCUUGGGGACGAUCCUCUCGAAAUGCACAGCGGAGGAAACAACUCCAAACUCAAGAAGUUCUUCGGAGAAGUGCCUGCACCUGUUUUGCCUCAGGCGGUUCCAGAAGAGAUCCCCGAGUUCCUCCAACUGGACCACGAAGGCGAGAUCUCGUACGAUCUCAAGACCACCCCAGCGCAGCUCAAGGGUGGCACGCUUGCCGGUCUCGUCGAGCAGCUCACCCGCCACGACAGGCUCGAUUCGCCUUUCAACAACACGUUCCUUCUCACCUACCGCUCCUUCACCACUGCUAGCGAGCUAUUCGACAUGUUGGUCAAGCGCUGGAGCAUCCAACCGCCCGCUGGCCUGUCUAGGGAGGACUACCAACUUUGGGUGGACAAGAAACAGAAGCCCAUCCGCUUCCGUGUCGUCAACAUCCUCAAGAGUUGGUUCGACAACUACUGGAUGGAGGGCAGCGACGACGAGGCGCAAGCUCUCAUUCAGCGGGUGUACGCCUUUGCCAAGGACCACAUCGCAACCACAAACACCCCUGGAGCUACUCCUCUAAUGACAGCCGUCGAACAGCGCGCCAGAGGCCAGGACGCGCCAACGAAGCGUCUCGUCCUCACUUUGAACACGUCGACGCCUCAGCCCAUUCUGCCGAAGCACAUGAAGAAGCUCAAGUUCCUCGACAUCGAUGCCACUGAGUUUGCUCGCCAGCUCACGAUUAUUGAGUCGAGGCUGUACGGCAAGAUCAAGCCUACAGAGUGUCUGAACAAGACUUGGCAGAAGAAGCUGGCGCCAGGUGAAGCAGAUCCUGCCAUGAACGUCAAGGCUCUGAUUCUGCACUCCAACCAACUCACCAACUGGGUUGCGCAAAUGAUUCUCACGCAAUCAGACGUCAAGCGACGUGUGGUGGUCAUCAAGCAUUUUGUCUCUGUGGCCGAUAAAUGCCGCACGCUGAACAAUUUCUCGACGCUUACGUCGAUCAUCUCUGCGCUCGGUACCGCACCGAUCCACCGUCUCAGCAGGACGUGGGGUGCCGUCAACGCCAGGACAAUGACUACUCUGGAGAACAUGCGCAAGCUCAUGGGAAGCACAAAGAACUUUGCCGAGUACAGAGAUACUUUGCACAAGGCCAACCCGCCAUGCAUUCCAUUCUUCGGUGUCUAUCUCACCGAUUUAACUUUCAUCGAAGACGGUAUCCCGUCUCUUAUCAAGAAGACCAACCUCAUCAACUUUGCCAAGCGCGCGAAGACGGCAGAGGUCAUCCGGGACAUCCAGCAGUACCAGAAUGUGCCAUACCCACUGCAGCCUGUGCCGGAGCUACAAGACUACAUCUUGACCAACAUGCAAUCAGCGGGUGACGUACACGAGAUGUAUGACAUGAGUUUGGCGGUCGAGCCUCGAGAGCGUGAGGAUGAGAAGAUCGCAAGACUUCUAUCUGAGUCCGGAUUCCUAUGA